AUGUCACUAGACCUGAACGACAUCAACAAAGAGCCCCUCAUAAUUCACUGGCCUGUGGCUCCUCAGAGGAGGACUGAGUGUGUCCUCUCAGGAAAAGACAUCAAUGGCGAGUGUGGUAAUUUCAUCCGUCUAAUCGAGCCAUGGAACAGGACUCACCUGUAUGUGUGUGGAACGGGAGCUUACAACCCCAUCUGUACCUAUGUGGACAGAGGCCAAAGGGCACAGGAAUACAUUUUCCGACUGGAGCCUGGUAAAGUAGAUUCUGGGAAAGGGAAAUGCCCCUUUGACCCCAAACUAAACAGUGUCUCAGCUCUGAUAAACGGCCAGUUGUACGCCGCCGUCUACAUCGAUUUUAUGGGAACAGACUCGGCCAUCUUUCGCACGUUGGGAAAACACACGGCCAUGAGGACUGACCAGUAUAACUCCCGCUGGCUCCACGAUCCAACAUUCGUCCACGCUCAGCUCAUCCCUGAUAGUGCAGAAAAGAAUGACGACAAGCUGUAUUUCUUCUUUCGUGAGAAGGCCUCUGAGAUGGGACAGACUCCCAUGGCUCAGUCUAGGAUUGGCAGGAUUUGCUUGAAUGAUGAUGGAGGACACUGCUGUCUGGUGAAUAAGUGGAGUACCUUCCUGAAGGCUCGGCUCAUCUGCUCUGUGACUGGCUCUGAUGGCAUUGAGACACAUUUCGAUGAGCUUCGGGACGUGUACAUCCAGAAAACCCAAGACACCAAGAAUCCCGUCAUCUACGGCGUCUUCUCCGUGUCUGGGUCUGUGUUUAAAGGUUCAGCAGUAUGUGUGUAUUCAAUGGCUGAUGUUCGCAUGGUCUUCAAUGGUCCUUUCGCUCAUAAGGAAGGGCCAAACUACCAGUGGGUUGCCUACCAGGGUAAAAUUCCUUACCCCAGACCAGGAACAUGUCCAGGAGGGACGUUCACCCCCAACAUGAAGUCUACUAAAGAUUAUCCUGAUGAGGUUAUCAACUUCAUGCGCAACCAUCCGACCAUGUUCAAUGCCGUUUAUCCAGUCCACAAGCGCCCCCUAGUGGUCCGUACUAAUGUGGAUUAUGAGUUCACCACCAUCACGGUGGACCAAGUGGCUGCAGCUGAUGGCAACUAUGAAGUUCUUUUCUUGGGAACAGAUAGAGGGACAAUUCAGAAAGUGAUUGUCCUGCCAAGAGAUGAUCUACAGACUGAAGAGCUGGUUCUGGAAGAGGUUGAGGUCUUCAGAGUUCCAACUCCAAUCACUACUAUGAAAAUUUCUCCAAAACGGCAACAGCUGUAUGUAAGUUCAGUGGUGGGCGUCACUCAUCUGGCGCUGCACAGGUGUGAUGUGUACGGAGAGGCCUGUGCUGACUGCUGCUUGGCCAGAGACCCUUACUGUGCCUGGGAUGGAAAGUCCUGCUCUCGCUACUCAGCAAACCAAAAAAGGCGGAGUCGGAGGCAAGAUGUGAAGUAUGGCAACCCUAUAAGACAAUGCAGGGGCUAUAAUUCCAAUGCCAAUAAGAACACGUUGGAGACAGUGCAGUAUGGGGUAGAGGGAAGCACAGCCUUCCUGGAGUGCCAGGCCAGAUCUCCUCAUGUGUCAAUCAAGUGGCAUUUCCAGAAGGAGAACAGUGACAGGAGGAGAGAGAUCCGUUCUGAUGGACGCGUUGUUCGUACGGAGCAGGGUCUCCUUCUGCGUUCUCUCCAGCUCUCUGACGGAGGGGUUUACCAGUGCACCUCCACCGAGAAGAACUUCAAGCACACGCUGGUCAAACUUCAGCUGGUGGUCCUUUCCGCCCGCACUGUCAACACCAUCCAGACCGAAUCGACCGCUCCCGCCGUGCCGCCUCUCCAGUCCAGCACCUGGACGCCCAGCGCAGAGCAAUACAAAGACCUGCUGACCAUCCUCAGCCAGCCAGAGAUGGGCCUCAUCAACCAGUACUGCCAGGACUACUGGCAGAUGGGGGACGACCCCGCAGCUCACGCACACAAGAAGAAGGACCUCAAGGAAGUACAGAAGGACCUCCGGAAGCCACGAAACAGGAGACACCACCAGGAGCAGAGCAGCAUGGCUGAGACAUGAGACGGAAAAACAUCCCACUCCAUCCAAAUGAACGAGACUCGAGGUUGACCUCAAAGUCUUUGACUACCAUUACACACAAGCGUAUAUCCGCAACCAUUAUGACCGAGGAGAAAAUAAACAAUACGUUUUUGAAAAUUCAUAGUAUUUAUUGUAGGCUGUACAUAGUAAGAUUCUGUGGAUAUCUUUGUAUGGAAAUAGAGCAAAAAAUAGAAAGACGAUUCAAAAAGUUUUGUGUAUAGAUCUGUGCAAAUAUUUUGUUAUCAUUGUUACUUUUCUUCCAAUAUAUUUAUUACAACGGUAUUCGCAUAAUAACACACCAUGUGACUGUUAUCAUAAAACUUUAUGUACAUACCACUAACCGGAUAGUUGGAAUCUCUUGAUGGACAGUUUGACUGCACUUGAUGUUUUGAUACCAGAGGAAAGAUGGGACUGAAGCCGUUGUUCUUUUUUAGCCAAGCACGUGUUCUCAUUCUGCAGAUGUACGGAUAUAGAAUUUCUACAUAUAUUUGGUGCAUCUGAGUAUUCUGUGACCUCUCAAAAGACUUUGAAAAACACUUUAUUAUCAUCAGAAACUCAUCUUUUAAUCUUCUUGAUCUUCCAUAUGUUGCUAUGCUAAUGUGUGUUAAAUAUAAAGUCGUUUCUGUGUGUUA